AGCUAAACCUUUCCGAGUUGGCCUGGGGGCUUGAGCGGAGUCAUGGGUGUCCCAGUCCUGUGCCUGUACACUGUCUUCUGCCUGGUGGCUCGCUCAGUUUCUGGCAGUCCCAUCAUGGGCCUUGAGCAGUCACCCCUGGAAGAAGAUAUGCCCCUCUUUGAUGAUGUCUUCUCAGAGCAAGAUGGUGUUGACUUUAACAUGCUGCUGCAGAGCAUGAAGGAUGAGUUCCUCAAGACAUUGAACCUGUCUGACAUCCCAGUGCAGGAUUCAGCCAAAGUGGACCCACCAGAGUACAUGUUGGAACUCUACAACAAAUUCGCCACAGAUCGGACCUCCAUGCCCUCUGCCAACAUCAUCAGGAGUUUCAAGAAUGAAGAUGUAUUUUCUCAGCCAGCCACUUUCAAUGGACUCCGAAAAUAUCCCCUCCUCUUCAAUGUGUCCGUCCCUCACCAUGAAGAGGUCAUCAUGGCUGAACUCAGACUAUACACACUGGUACAAAGAGAUCGCAUGAUGUAUGAUGGAGUGGACCGGAAAAUUACCAUUUUUGAAGUAUUAGAGAGUGAAGGGGACAAUACAGGUGAAAGAAACAUGCUGGUCUUAGUGUCAGGGGAGAUCUAUGGAACUGACAGUGAGUGGGAAACAUUUGAUGUCACAGAUGCCAUCAGACGUUGGCAAAAAUCAAGCUCAUCUACCCACCAGCUGGAGGUCCACAUUGAGAGCAGACAUGACCAAGUUGAGGACAUUGAAAGGGGACGACUGGAAAUAGACACCAGUGGUCAGAAUAAGCAUGACCCUUUGCUUGUUGUGUUUUCUGAUGACCAAAGCAGUGACAAGGAGCAGAAAGAGGAGUUGAAUGAAAUGAUUGCCCAUGAGCAACUUCUGGAUCCAGACAACCUUGGCAUGGAUGGCUUUUCCAGUGGGCCUGGGGAAGAGGCUUUGCUGCAGAUGAGGUCAAACAUCAUCUAUGACUCCACCUCCAGAAUCAGAAGGAAUGCCAAAGGGAACUACUGCAAGAGGACCCCUCUCUAUAUUGACUUUAAGGAAAUUGGCUGGGACUCCUGGAUCAUUGCUCCACCUGGAUAUGAAGCCUAUGAGUGUCGGGGUGUUUGUAAUUACCCUCUGGCAGAGCAUCUCACACCCACAAAGCAUGCGAUUAUCCAGGCCUUGGUCCACCUCAAGAAUUCUCAGAAAGCUUCCAAAGCCUGCUGUGUGCCCACCAAGCUGGAGCCCAUUUCCAUCCUCUACUUAGACAAAGGCGUUGUCACCUACAAGUUUAAAUAUGAAGGCAUGGCUGUCUCUGAAUGUGGCUGUAGAUAGAAGACCACUGUGGCUUAUUUAAUAACUGUAAAUGUGUAUAUUUUGUGUUCUAUUUAAUGAUACUAUUUAAUGAGGGUGUACAGAUAAGAGAGCUUGCUGCCUUAGGGAAAUGGAUAGGUUUGUUUGUUGUAGGAAAUGCAUAGUUUGCUAUUCAAUCUAGUCCUUCCAUUCUGUCUUUGUACUUGUCAUUUCCUAGCAAUGCUAUCUCUAAGAAAUGGCAGGCCUCCCCUACUUAUCCCUCACAUCAAUUUAGAAACAGCACCCCCUGAGCAAAAUACAGUAUCAAAACACACAUAUUCAUGUAUGCAUGUGUGUACAUACGUGAAUUUAGGAAACUACUCUGAUUCUAUCGAGGCAGGUUAUGCUCAUAUACAUGUAUGAUUCACUCCAUGUGCAUAUAUUAAAGGCAGUCAUUUCUUCUCAGAAUAGGAUUUAUGUGAAAAAUGUUUGCAUCAGGAAUUUAACCACCGUAGGAAGUCUUAUGCUUCUGACAAACUCUGGAGAUGUAGCUAUAGCUUUUGUUAGUUUCUACCAUGGCUCAGAGCAGCAGGUCUGGUGAGGGAGGCUGCAUGCUUGAGGGAAGAGGUUGUUAGAUGCAGAAACCAAAUGGUUUUGAGAGGCAGUGGACCCACAGGUAUGACAGCAAGGAAUGAGCCCAUGGAACUUAGGUGCGAUAUGGGGCAGCCCCUGGUUAAGAAAGGAAGACACAGGGGACUGCAGGGUGAGCUCUGUUCUUCAGAAGAUAGGGUGCCGGGCCCUGAGCGCUGCCUUUAUUGCUGCAGAGGGUAGAGGAGUGGGAAAAGGAGAAACAGGAAAAGGGUACACAUGCAGUUGUCAGAUGAGUGGGUAGAGUCAUAAGCAGUUCUAAUUAGGACAUUAAACCUCUUGGACCAGAUACAAAGACCAAGAGAAGGACAAUCAGGAGGCAACUGUUCAUUGCAUUCUUCGCUUCUCAAAACACUUUUCUCCACCACGUACUCUUCUUCCCUUGCCUCUCUUUUUCUGCUUCCAUUCUUUCCCAUAUUGCAUCUUCCCUUUCGUUUCUCUGCUCUCGUGUCUCUUAUCCUUUGCCUAUUCUCUUAUGUUCCCUUUUUCAUUGGCCUUCCUGACCCAUGCCUUUGCUUUUAGGGAAAAAGAGUUGAUGGUUUCAUGUCUAGAUUCUCCCUGAUGUCUGACUUACUUUUAUUUUAAUAACAUUCUUUAUGACAUGCUUUGGUCAUAGAAAAUACUUGAGGAAAAGAAAAAGAAUAGAGCCAAAAUUAAUAUCCAUAAAUUAGUGAACAGACACACAAUGAAAUGAUUUGAAAGUUAACCCUUGAAUUUUGAAGUCACAUUUGCUCCAUGGUAGAAACCCUACCACUUUCCCAUUCUUCCCAUUCUGCCCUCUUUCCAGGUUGCAACUGACCAGGACUGAAGGACUGAAAAGUAUUUCUGGCAAGAAGGCUCUGAUAGGCAGCUAGGUCUGUCCAACUACCAACAGCUAGAAGGAAGUUGAAACUUCAGCUCCCAUCUUAGGGUUCCCAUGCUGGCUGGUGGACUCUGUUCAGGGGGACAAAGCCAGCUGUUCUGGCAUCUUCAGGCAGGUAACACAGGUGAAUACAGAUGUGCUCCUCCUUGUCCCGCUUUGAUGUUUCUUUAGGAAGUCAUAUACUUUUUCUUAAUGCUGGGAAAUUUUCACCUUUUUUUUACAAACCUCUUAGGAGCAUAGACUCACACUGCCCCAGCAAAUACAAGCAAGAAAAGCCAUUUUGACGGUCCUUUUUUCCCUAGUUGGACCUCAGCUGCAGGCAUCCACUUCCACUGUUGGCUAGAGGGCAAAUCUUGGAGAAUGUUUGGCCCAAGGAACAGUGAUAUUUGCACUGCCGGUGGGAAUAUAGUGAUUGACAACUUGAGAUAACCAGAUGGCCAUGCAAUUCAGAAUCCCUCAAUUCUAGGUGAGCCUCCAUAAAACAUGAGUGUGUGUGCCUGUGCUAGCAUGUGUGUGUAGCUGCCUGUGGAUAGCAACUUUGUACCCUCAAUGAAAGAGGGUACAAACCCUUCCUACAAACCGGCCAAAUAGCUCUUGGGAUCUCUGUGUGUGUGCUGGCUGCAGCACACAGUGAGGAACCAGCCCCUGCACCCUUCCAUGCCAUCUGCUGGCUGCACCAAAUUCCUGGAAAAACUUUGUCUUGAGCACCUAAAAUCAUUCUAUUAAA